UGGCUUUCCGGCGAACAGCAACCAGGGGGACGGGAAUGCGGAGCUAGGCAAGGCGACCACUGAUCGCGGCCUGCCGUCGACAGCCUCCAUUCCUGCCCCAGAUCCAGUCUUUGCUUUCCUGAGAACAGCGAUGCCGCUGCCAGGGAGUGCCGCAGUCCCUCCCCGGGCCGGCCCUCGGCCGCCAUACUCCUGGAGGCCACUCAUCUGGCCGCGACCGGGUCGCCGUGUUCGGCCCCGGGCAUCAGCGCUGACGGCGCUUGCUUUUGCGGCUCUCGGUCUGGCAGCAUGCGCAUGCGCCGACCCGACGCUGCCUUACGUGCCCACAACCAUCCUCCUGCCUUCUGGCGGCAGUGGCACGGACGGCUCAGUCGCCUACAUCUUCGCCCCGGCCGGCGACGACCCGAACGCCGUCGACUUCCUGGCCGUCAACAUCUCCUCAACAAUCCACGCCGCCUCGCUGCAGCCGACCAAGCUCACCGCCACGCUCCCCUUCCUCUCCCCCGACGGCGGCAGCUCCACCACGUUUGCUCCCAUACUUCUCCCCAACGGGACCAUCGCGGUCGUUGCCGGCGACUGCUCUGCCGGCUCUUCCUCGUCCCUCUGGACAUACACCCCCGGCCCAGCCGCAGAAUGGACCCAGCACGCCAUCACCCCGUCCGCGGACUGGGACGACGCGCAAAGCGGGCCCUACCACCUCGGUGGCGCCCUCAGCUUCUCCGCCCAGCUCAGCCCCGUCCUCUCGCCCCCGACGCUCUAUCUCUACGGCGGCAUGUGCCCCUCCGCCAACGCCUCGUCCCCCGCGUCCCCCUCAACCUGGCAAUCCGCCGCAACCUACUCCAACCGCAUGCUCCGCCUCUCCCCGGGCACGUCCUCUUCCUCCUACACCCUGACCUACGCCCUCCCCACCGGCCAGCAACCGCCCGUGGCAGAGGCAGGCUUCACGCUCACCGAGCUGCCGCCCUCCAUCACCAACCUCACCGCCACCGCCGCCGACAACAACGGAGGCAGUGAAGCAGAAGCAGAAGCCGGCGGCGCCGCGGGGCUGGUCACGCAGCAGACGACACACGUGCUGCUCGGCGGGCACACGCGCGGCGCGUUCGUCAACAUGAGCACCGCCGCGCUGUGGUCGCUGCCCGAGGAGACGUGGGCGUUUGUCGGCAUUGCGCCGCCGCCCGCGCCCUCCUCGUCGUCGGCUUCUGCGGCCGGGGACGACGGCCGGAACACGGAGCUGGCUGUCCUGCAUCGGCGCGGGAACGACGCCGGCGCUGCGGCGGCGGUGACCGCGGUGGACAGCAGGUCCGGGCACACGGCGGUGCUGAGCGCGGAUGGCACGCGGUUGGUGGUGUACGGCGGCUGGGUCGGCGACGUGGGCACGCCGGCGGAGCCGCAGCUGGUUGUGCUGCGCGUGGGCGUCGGGCUGAGUGGUUGGGUGUGGGAGGUGCCUCCUGGUCAGCCAGGCGGGGAGGGGAAAGGGGUGUACGGGCAUGGGGCGGCGCUCCUGCCCGGGAAUGUGAUGAUGGUGUAUGGGGGGUAUGAGAUCUCGGCCGCGGGAGCGGGAGGAGGGGUCAAGAGACGGCAGGUGGUUGGGGGUGGCGGGCGCAUGUUUUACAACAUUACGAGCAUGACCUGGUCGGAUGAGUAUGUCAGUCCGUUGGCGGGGACAAGUAAGAGCGGUGGCAGCAGCGACGGCGGCAGCGACGGCGGCGGCGGUGGAACUGGUUCGCCGCCGGGGUCAAGUACGGAUGGCAGUGGCAGCAGCAGGUCGGACGACUCGUCACUGCAGAGGAAGAUCGGCUUGGGAGUUGGUCUCGGCGUUGGCCUGCUCGUCCUGCUGGUUCUCGCCGGGCUCGGCCUCCGCUGGUUCCGCCGCAAACAACAGCGGCGCGCAGCGCGUGACGAGGCGCUCCGCGGCCUGGCCCAGGGGGUUGGCGUGAACGGCUCCCUGCCCCGCGCCAUCGGCGAAGACGACGAGAUGCUGGAGCGCGACCACAGCGCGGGCAUCUUCCCCUGGACGGCCGCCGCCGCGCGAGAAUGGUACACUGGCGGCCACGACCCCUACACCCAGGGCCGGCGCUCGCUCGGCUACGAGACGCUCCGCGGCGGCGCGAGGGGCGGAAACUCGCUGUACAUCCCACCGCGCCCACUUUCUUCAUCUGGCUUAUCCGGCAGGCCCAGAGCGGCCAGAGGCCUCUACCAGCCGACCACAGGCAGCGCCUACGACUUCACCCCCCUCUCCCGCGCGCCGAACCGCAUCGAGCCGAUCUACGAAGCAGACGAAGACGAAGACGGCGACCUCGCCGCGGGCCACCACCCCCUCAGCCCGGACAAAGACGAGCGCGACACCAGCACUCACAACAACAACAACAACAACAACAACAACGAUGACGAUGCUGCCGCCGACGACGACGAUGAUGACGACCCCUUCCUAACACCCACCACCGCCCACACCCCCGUCGGCGGCCUCUUCCCUCCGCCAAGCAGCCACCCCAGCCCGCGCACCUCGCACUCGCCGACCCCGCCGCCCCCGGCCGCGCCACAGCAACAAGCCGGAACCGGCCAGCACCAAGACGCCGACGUCCAGGUCUGGGUAAGCGACGUCGACGCCUCCGACCCGCACGCCCUCUUCCCCACGACGAUGACCACGACGCAAGGACCAGGCCGCACCGCCUCCUCCGCGGGAGCGGCAGGGGCAGCAGCGACGGGCGGAGGCGCGGCCCGGCGCCCCCCCGUCUCGUCCUCCGCCGCCCCGUCAUUAGUCUCUUCUUCUUCUUCGUCGGCCUCCGACGACGGCCGCACGGGCAGCAACCUGUCGGAGCGCAGCGCGUUCAGCUUCGUGCGCGGCGCGGCGCCCGAGGACCGCGUGCUCCUCUCCCGGCUGCGGACGACGCUGGCUGCUUCUGCUUCUGCUUCUUCUUCGGCAGCUGCUUCGGCUGCUGCUGGUGGUGGUGCUGCUGGUGGUGGUGCUGCUGGUGGUGGAGGUGGUGGUGCUGCUGGGGGUGGUGCUGGUGGCGGUGGGUUGGGGGCCGGGGAAGCGCCCGGCGGCAGGUCCAGCGCGCAGUCGCACGCUGCCUCGUCGGGGUCGUCUUCUUCCGGGUCCGGGGGCAGUCUGAGCUACAGCACGGCGCGGUCGAAUUUUGCUGCGCUGCGGGCGGAGGGGCCCGGGUUGCUAAUGGGUGGCGGUAGUAAUGAUAGAGCCAGUAAUAGUGGCGGUGGUGGUGCUUCUGGGCAGGCGGGGGACGCAGACGAGGCAGACUGGGAGUUCGUCCCCGGCAGCCCGAGCAAGAGCAAGCCGCGGCGGAGCUGGCUGGGGAGUCUGAAGCGGGUGUUCAGCGGCGGGAGCAGCACGCCCGAGUCGGGCCGCGGCAGCCACGAGGAUGUGGGCAGCAGCAGUCCGACGCGGGAGGGCCUGCUGUGGAGCAGUUCGGACUAUGACGGGCGGCUGUUCGGGGGUGAGGGAGGAACAGGAGGGGGUGGAUUGCAGAGGCGGAGGCAGGGCCGGGAGGCGUGGUUGGGCGGCGCGGAGGGAGACGAGGACGACUGGGACAGGGACAUCGAGCGCGCCGCGGAGCAGCGGACAGUGCAGAUCAUGUUCACGGUGCCGCGGGAGCCGCUGCGCGUGGUGAAUGCCGAGAUCGAGAGGGAGGAGAGCGUGCUGAUUGUGGAUCCCGACGACGAGGACUGCAGCAGUUCGGCCCGUACCGGGGCCGAUGCUGGCGCGGGCGCUGACGGCAGGGCGUCGAUCUCGCCCGCGCACGGUGAGCGGCCGGUCGAAGGGCUACGAGAAGAGGAGACAGAAGGAGUCGGCUUGCGGCCACCGCAGCAGCUCGAGCCGACGGCAGACCAUCGGAGCGAGGCCGAGGCUGCCAACCAACUCUCCACUGGGGGCCUGGAGUCGCCCGUGGGGGUCUCCCCGACGCCAUCACUGCGGGCCUCCACUGUGACGACGCCGACGCUCCUUACCGCCGAGGAGGUGCGCAUGGAGCGGCCGCGGACGAGGGUGCGCGAGAUGGUGGAGAGCAUCGAGUCGCGGAGCCGCGACGGCAGCCCGGCCAGCAGUCCGGAGAGGCGGUCGUGAUUGGGACAGGACGAAUCCGGGGUUGUGUUUC